GACAGGGAAACCCUCAGCCUCUCCCCGUCUCCUCUCUGCAGUGUUCUCCAUCGUGGUGUUCGGCUCCAUUGUCAAUGAAGGAUACGUGAACCGCCCGGACGAGACGCAAGAGCACUGCAUUUUCAAUCGCAAUCACAAUGCCUGCAACUAUGGCAUUACCGUGGGUGUCCUCGCCUUCCUCAGCUGCCUUCUUUACCUGGCUCUGGAUGCCUACUUCCCGCAGAUCAGCAGCGUCAAGGACCGCAAGAAGGCAGUGCUCUCGGACAUCGGAGUCUCGGCCUUUUGGGCGUUCCUCUGGUUUGUUGGCUUCUGCUUUCUGACCAACCAGUGGCAAGCUUCAAAAGAAGAGGACAACCCAAUGAAUGAGGGAGGGGAUGCAGCCCGAGCAGCCAUCACAUUCUCAUUCUUCUCCAUCUUCAUCUGGGGCUUCCUCACGUUUCUGGCUUUCCGGAGACUCAGAGACAUUACUUUUCAGGAAGAAUACAACACCCUGUUCCCUAACUCCCCAUCCUUGCUGCCUUACCCCGGUGUGCUUUGUCCCCCCUACCCGAACGAGGAGGAUGCUACAGAUGCGGUGGGGACAUACCAGCAGCCCCCUCCGGCAGAUGCUUUCGACACUGAGACACAGGGGUACCAAACACAGAACUACUGAGCCACCGAUGCCCCUUUCCCUUCCCCUUUCCCUUCUGCCUCCUUUCCUACUGCCGGCAGAAAGCCAAGGCACAAACCAGACACGUGCGUAGUGGCACAAGGGGUGGCUCUCAGCUAUGCUCCAGCCUUCUGGGUCAUCUGUUUUUAUUUAUGGUUUUUAAAAAA